AUGCUGCUCCUGUGCCAACCUACGCUGUUCCGAAGCCAACAUAUGCUGCCCCUAAGCCAGCAUACACCUCCCACGACCAUGCUCACCUCACGCCCACAUCGGUCGUGCAGACCCACCAUCGAGGCCAACACUCCCGCCCACGGCGACCACUGCGUCUGCGUUCCCACCGCCUCCUGCUACGCCCACGACGUCGUGUCCCGCACACUCUCGGACUUCAGUGACCUCAUCGACGCCCGUUCUCGCCACACAGACAUCCUCUCCAACGCCACCCACGACCGUCUCUACCUCCAUCUCCGCUCCGAGGACGACCUCGUCACCGCCUCUCCUGACGACGACGACGUCACUACGACCCUCCCUCUUGAGGACGACUUCACCGACGAUGUCCUCGACGUGAAUGCCACCCGCGUCAGGAGGGAUCUGCUCACGUCCUCUCACCACCACCAGGCCAACGUCACCGACGCCCCUCAGGAGCGCCACAGCUUCGGCUCCUUCCCAAGCGGAAGCAGCUGCGGCUUCGACCAAGUGUGCUGCCGCAACCCCAUCAAGCCUCAGUCCCGGCACGUGGCUGCAUGCGGACGCAGCCAAGCACAAGGCGUUCUCGGCCGCGUCAAGAACCCUUCGUUCGUGGAGGGCGACACAGAGUUCGGCGAACACCCGUGGCAGGCGGCCAUCCUCAGGCAGGAAAAGGGCGAGAUCAUGUACGUGUGCGGCGCCACGCUCAUCGACGACCGCCACCUCCUCACCGCCGCCCACUGCGUCAGUAAGCUGCAGCUGACGGAGCUGAGAGUCCGCCUGGGCGAGUGGGACGUCCGCGCCGACACCGAGUUCUUCCGCCACGUCGAGCUCAGGCCCGCCUCUCUCCUCGUCCACCCGCAGUAUUACGCCGGAAACCUGGUCAACGACAUCGCCAUCCUCACCCUCGAGCACCACGUCGACUUCUCGACCAACCCCCACAUCUCGCCCGUGUGUCUCCCGGACGCCCACAGCACCUUCGUGGGACACAGGUGUCAGUCCACCGGUUGGGGUAAGGACGCCUUCGGGGGCGACGGAAAGUUCCAGAGCAUCCUGAAGGAGGUGGAGCUUCCAGUGCUGUCCCACCACCAGUGCCAGACGGCCCUCAAGCACACGCGUUUGGGUGCCACCUUUAGUCUCCACCAAGGAAAUCUUUGCGCAGGAGGCGAGGCAGGUCGCGACACCUGCAAGGGCGACGGCGGAGGACCCCUGGUGUGCCGCGGCGACGACGGCGCCUUCCGGUUGGCCGGCCUGGUGUCGUGGGGCGUCGGGUGCGGUCAAGUGGGCGUCCCGGGCGUGUACGUCAAAGUGGCUCAUUACUUGGACUGGAUCGAGUCCGCUAUCCGCUCCUUGUAGCUCCAGUCAUCCUCUCCAACUCGUAACCGCUCAAAGCACGUCAUCAAGGCUAUAAUGACGUCAUCGUUAUUAUUACGUCAUACUCGUCUCUACGCGAAGAAUCCAGUGACGUCAUCAGUGUGCUAGGUUCAGGCUGCUGGUCUUCAGUCUGUCUCGUUACAACGUGAAUGCUUUAUUUGUAAUAAUAAAUUAUUGAAUUUUAUUGA